UUUCAGGUAUUAUCAAAUGUAGGAUGUGUUACUAAAGUGUUACCUGAAAUGAUUGAAGAAGGUUCUCGAUUAGUGAAUAAUACGAAUGUUCAUGAUAAUACUCAAGAGGCAUCACCAUCCAGUGCUAAUGGAACAGAACGAACUGUAAGAUUUUCGGUGGAAAAUGAUUCAGAAAGAAGACAACAUUCUGGUGAUUUGGAGGAACAUACUGUAACGUUUAAUUUGAAAAGUUGGAGGAAUAUGCAAACGAUUGAACAUCCACCUAUCAUUGAUUUCUAUCGUAAUUCCGUUGACGAAGGUGGUGGUAUAACAGCAAGACCAUCAAUGAAACAACUUAUACAUGGUGAAAAUGCUCAAGAUACUGUAAUUGGGAUCGAUGAAUUUAAGAAGGAUGCAGACGAUAUAAUCAAUGGGGAAAGGGAAAAAACAGCUAAACUUAGUAAAUUUGAACCUCCGGUACCUGUUACACGAACUAAAUUCGGUUGGAUUCAGGGUGUUUUUGUACGUUGCAUAUUGAAUAUUUUUGGUGUAAUGCUUUAUCUACGUAUUAGUUGGGUUGCCGGACAAGCUGGAAUCGUCCUAGGAUGUGCAGUUGUACUCCUUGCUUCUUUGGUGACAUUUAUCACUGCACUUUCAACGUGCGCUAUUUGUACAAAUGGUGACGUUAAAGGUGGUGGUGCUUAUUUUUUGAUUAGUCGUUCAUUGGGUCCAGAAUUUGGUGGUUCAAUUGGUUUGAUAUUUUCGGUAGCAAAUGCGGUUGGUGCAGCAAUGUAUGUCGUUGGAUUUGCUGAGACAGUACGAGAUUUGCUAAAAGAAAAUAAUUAUGCAGUUAUUGAUGGUGGGAUGAAUGAUGUACGAAUCAUUGGUUUUGUUUCAUGUUGUAUAUUAAUGGCAAUUGUAUUUAUUGGGACAAGUUUUGAAAGUAAAAUGCAAAUUGGUCUACUUGUUAUUUUAAUACUAUCCAUUAUCGAUUAUUUUAUUGGGACAUUUUUACCAAUUUCGGAGAAUCAGUUAUAUCGUGGUAUUACGGGUUAUAGUUCAACAGGAAUAAUGGCAGGUGCAAAUAUUAGUGGUGAUUUAUCAGAUCCUCAGCAUGCUAUACCAAAAGGUACAUUAUUAGCUAUAGCUGUAACAACAGUUAUCUAUUUGUUAGUUGUAAUUGCAACCGGAUCAACAUGUGUACGAUAUGCGGAUGGUUAUCAACUACCGUAUAUUAUCAAUAAUUCCUAUUUUAUCCCUGAUUGUGCGCAUAAUAAUACAUGUCCAUAUGGUUUGAUGAAUUAUUUUCAGGUAAUGGAAAAUGAAAGUUUUUAUGGACCACUAAUUACAGCUGGUAUUUUUGCUGCAACAUUAAGCUCAGCUUUAGCUAGUCUUGUUAGUGCACCAAAAAUUUUUCAGGCGGUAUGCAAAGAUCGUCUUUUCCCAAAAGUAGACUUCUUUGCUCGAGGUUAUGGGAAAGAUGAAGAACCACGACGAGCUUAUAUACUUGGUUUUGUAAUUGCUUUGGUGAUGAUUCUAAUUGGCGAAUUAAAUGCAAUAGCACCAAUAAUUUCAAAUUUUUUCUUGGCUUCCUAUGCACUCGUCAAUUAUUCAUGUUUCGAUGCUUCAUUUGCUGAUUCACCAGGUUUUCGACCCGCUUUCAAGUAUUACAAUAUGUGGGUAUCACUAAUCGGUGCAUUACUUUGUAUCAGCGUAAUGUUUAUUGUUUCAUGGUCGACUGCAUUGCUCACAUUCUUUUUUUUUGCUGUGUUAUUUUUGUAUAUUUUAUAUCGUAAACCUGAUGUUAAUUGGGGUUCAUCAACACAAGCUCACACAUAUAAGAAUGCAUUACAAGCUAUGCAAAAAUUAGCCAAUACCGAAGAGCAUGUAAAGAAUUAUCGACCACAAGUAUUGUUAUUAGCCGGUAAUCCGGCAGCACGACCAUCACUUGUUGAUUUUGCUUAUAAUAUCACGAAAGGAUCUAGUUUAAUGAUAUGUGGUUUUGUGGUACCGUAUGAGCCAUGUGAUCGAGUAUUUGCGUUACUUAGAAAAUUGGAUAUUCAAAUGAAUGAAUGGUUAAGGAAGCGUCAUGUAAAAUCAUUUUAUGUUUCCGUAGCUAAUCCUAGCCUACGUACUGGUGCUCAAACAUUACUUCAGCUUGCUGGUCUUGGAAAAUUAAAACCGAAUAUUUUGAUCACUGGUUUCAAAAGAAAUUGGGCAGAUCGUGGAGCAGAAGGAUUGAGUGAAAUCAACGAUUAUUUUGGAGUCAUUCAAGAUGCUUUUGAAAGCCGGAUUGGUGUAGCGGUUCUGAGAAAUUCCCGAAGUGGUCUUGAUUACAGUGAACUGAUGAAGCGACACAAUGUAGGUGAUACAGCAAGACUUAGUUUACCGAACAUCACCCGACCAUCAAGUUCAACAAAAACUGAUAGGGGAGCAAUAAAUCUGGAUGUGCAAGAAACUAAAAUGACAGAAAAUGAUGAUAAGACUAACGAUAAAAAAGUGAAAAAUGAUGGAUUAGAACGAAAUAUUAACAUUGAUCAAGAUCAAAGUGGCAAUACGUCGAUGCGAUUGCAUCGACAAAAAGCCAUUGAUGCAAAAUAUAACGAGAAAAGUGAUAUAGCGAUUAAAACCGGAAAUCCGGAUACCUUUGCAACAGCUAAUACAAACGAUGCUUUAAAUGUAGAACAUUUUGAUUCCAUUAAUGAAUCUCUACUUUUUGGCAACAUUCUGCAUCUUGCCGCAACAGGCUCAUUUCUGGCAAAUUGUCCAUUGGAAUGUUUCGAUGAAGAAAAAAAUGAUGGUGAUGUGAAUAAGAGAGGUUCAUUAGGAAAUGCUGGCAAUGAUUUGGGAGAGGUACCUAAAGUAUCCGAACCACCCAGACGACAUUCAUUGUAUGACAGUUUCCGACGAUCAAAUCGUCCAACUGCUGCACAACGUGAACUUGUUGCAUCGAUUUGUCGUUUUCAUCGUAAAAUCAAAGGUGCAGUAAUUGACGUCUGGUGGUUAUAUGAUGAUGGUGGCUUAACUCUACUUGUUCCACAUUUGUUAACGUUACCAAAAAGUUACCUGGAGAAUGCACGACUGCGUGUUUUCACCAUCUCCACAUCACCAACAUUGAUGGAACAGGAACAAAGGAGUAUGGCAGCAUUAUUGACAAAAUUCCGGAUCGACUUCUCCGAUGUUUUCGUGAUACCGGAUAUUGGUAGGAAGCCUAGUGCACAAACAAUUGAAAUAUUUUCCGAGCUUAUCAAACCGUUUAUUUGUGAAGAUGAUAAUGUUCAACGGGGUUUGAUAACACGGUCGGAGUUAGAAGCUCAGAAGCACAGGACCAAUCGACAUCUGAGAUGCUCCGAGUUACUCCACGAAUUGUCUUCAAAAUCUGACCUCAUCGUUUUAACAUUACCGGUACCACGAUUUGGCUUCGUGAGCAGUUGUUUAUAUAUGGCAUGGUUGGAUAUGAUGACACGAGAUUUGCCACCAACAUUGAUGAUUCGUGGCAAUCAAACAUCUGUCCUUACAUUUUACUCAUAA